AUGCCGCGUAGCAGCCCAGCAAUCAAAGUCGCCUGUCGCCUGUGUCAUGACCGGCGUGUGAAAUGCGAUCGCAGUGAAGGCCUCGCGUGCUCAAACUGCCGGACCGCUCAGCGCGAAUGCCACCCAAUUGUCUCUCGCCGUGGACGGAGACGAAAACUCCCUCUCUUGCCUAAUGGAGCAAGCACACACAGGAGUCUUUCGGGGUCCUCUUAUGAUGUGUCGUACCAAGGGGUGACAACUCCAACGGUCUACCCGACUACUCAUAGUGCUCAAGGCGACAAAGAUCAGACCCAAGAGCCAUGCUUCCCGGCUUUGGAGCCCAGCGGCAGAACACCAUAUGUUGGAGAUUCUUCAAAUCUCAACUAUUUGAUCCAACAAUUUGGCAAUCCCUUUAGGAGUAACUUGGACACUCGCCCACUUCAAGACCAUCUCCAAGGGGCAAUGCUGACCCGAGUGGGCAAGUCGACGUCACAAGAAAUUGAAAGGCUUCAGGCGUCUAUAAUUUCACAUCUCAAAGCGGAAGGGGCAUUUGAAAUACCGCGACAGGAGACCAGCCGAGCUCUUGUCGACGCUUAUUUCCACUAUUCAUUCCCUCUGUUGCCAAUUCUUGAUAAGUCGACGUUUCUUGUUACCCUCGAUGAAGGCAAAUUUUCUCACCUUCUUUUGAAUGCCGUUUAUCUCACUGGCACGAUCUAUUGCUCAGAUGCCGUCAUCGAAAAUGCCGGGUUUGCAUCACGAUACGCCGCAAGCCUUACCUUUUACCAAAGAUCCAAAUCUCUUCAUGAUGCUGGUCAUGAGACCGAUUCAAUUGCAACAAUUCAAGCUACAUUCCUCAUGUGUCAUUGGUGGAGUGGACUACUCGAGCCCAAAGACCCUUGGUACUGGCUCGGCAUUUCCGCAGGAAUGGCACAGGCUCUAGGGCUGCAUCAAGCGUGUAGAUGUUGGAAAUUGAGCGUGCUGACAAGCGUGUUAGAAAGUCAUACACCCGCCUUGAAGAAAGAGUUCGAAGAUUAUGGCGAAGGUUGUGGUGGAUGGUAUAUGUCAGUUACUGUCCGAAGAUCUUCAGCUAUGGAUAUAAAUUUAUCGAUGUUCCUUGAUCGUCCUCCGCACGUACAAGGAAGACUUUGCAACGUUCCUCCUUUGUUGGAAGCAGACUUUGAACAAGUCAAUAGCUUCGAAGAGACAGACGAUCAUGGCAAUAAUAUCAAUGAGGUGAACCUAUUUGUCGUCAAUGCCGUCAAACUUGCUCAGAUAGUGGAUCGCUUCUUCACGCUCAAGUUUGAUGAAGAAAGUGGUCAUUCGCAAGAUAUCUGUUUAGAACAUGUUUCUUUGUGGUUGUCAACCCUGCCCCAUGAGUUUCAAUCGCUUUCAACAACUAGCAGUACAUGGGCCAUCUUGACUCGGGUCUUGUACCAGACUUACCGACUCGUUUUGCAUCGAAGCAACCCAAGAUUCUCUAUAAAUACAGGACCAGGCACUCCGACAUUUGAGAUAUGUACUGAAAUUUCUCACAUGCUGGAAAUGCUUAUGGCAAAAGACCUCGUAUAUGCAGCAGCAGGCAAUAUGUACGCUCACCCCAAAAGCCCACAAUUUGCUGAGAAACUUGCUGAGAUCAUUAUGAGAAUUGCCUCCGUGCUAUCAGUACUUUCAAUCCAUAUAAUCAACAUCCAUAGAGGGGAAGCUGGCGUCCGCAUGAUUUCGGAGCAUCGUGCCCGAUUCUGCAUGCUAAUACUCGACCAGUUGCAAGAUAGAUUACCGGUGGUUGCAGCCUUUUUUCCAAUCUACGAGUCUCUGCUUAAUCGAAAAUCUGCGGAUGUGCAAAGAACAAGUCCCGCAAAGGUCCAAGAGCGUCCGGCAACCAGGCGCUCGAUGCAAAAUGAAGGCCGCCAACUUGACAACGAAAGUGACAGUGACAGUAUGAGCAACACCGGAGGUUUGUUCGAUCAACUCCUGCAAGAUAAUAUGGGCACAUCGUUUCCUUUUUCGUUUCCAUUCAGCAACCUAUUUGAAGAUAUAUUACUAGGCUCCCCUCAGCCUACGGCUUAUUGCGAGGAUAUGUCUUGA